AAUGAAUAUUUUAUAAUGGGAAUUAUUCUAAAACUGUGUUUUGUCCCAUUAGGUGCCUUAGAUGAGACAAAUGGCGCGGGCGAACGGUUGGAUGGACUGACACCAAAGCAACGUCAUCAAAUGAAGCACCGCGAGUUGUUCUUAUCGCGUCAGGUGGAGACUUUGCCCGCGACACAUAUACGCGGCAAGUGCUCGGUUACGCUCUUCAACGAAACCGAAGCGUUGUCCUCGUACCUGAACAAAGACGACACGUUCUUUUACUGUUUAGUGUUUGAUCCGACACAAAAAACAUUGCUAGCUGACAAAGGAGAAAUUCGUGUCGGCAGUCGUUAUCAGAGCGACGUUACAUCCCUGUUGAAAGAGGGCGAAAGCGACGGACGCGACCUAAACGACCUGGAGACGCUCGUGUGGACGCCCGAACACAACUUGACCGAUCGACAAAUUGAUCAGUUCCUGGUGGUGGCUCGUUCUGUCGGUACGUUCGCGCGGGCCCUCGACUGCAGCUCGUCCGUGAAGCAACCAUCGUUGCACAUGUCGGCUGCUGCUGCAAGUCGAGAUAUUACCCUCUUUCACGCCAUGGACACGCUGCACCAGCACGGUUAUGAUCUCGCGGCCGCUAUGUGUUCCCUCGUACCGUCCAGCGGUCCGGUAUUGUGCCGAGACGAGAUGGAAGAGUGGAGUGCGUCAGAAGCAAACUUAUUUGAAGAAGCACUCGACAAAUACGGUAAGGAUUUCAAUGACAUACGACAGGACUUUUUGUCAUGGAAGACGCUUAAGAAUAUUAUCGAGUACUACUACAUGUGGAAGACGACCGAUCGGUACGUUCAACAGAAGAGAGUCAAAGCGGUCGAAGCAGAAUCCAAGCUCAAGCAGGUUUACAUUCCUAACUACAACAAACCAAAUCCUGCAGCUUUGAAUAACAAUAAGGGCAUAAUCAAUGGUAGUAGUAAUGGUAACCCAGAACCUGUUUCGUUAGGGGGCAAAUCCUGCGAAUCUUGUAACGUGACCGCAUCUAGCCAAUGGUACGCAUGGGGUCCAUCGCACAUGCAGUGCCGUCUUUGUCAAAUAUGCUGGACCUACUGGAAGCGUUAUGGUGGUUUGAAAGUACCAACGCGUUUUGGUGACGGCGGUGAAUUCGAUCCAUCCGGUCGUAAAAAAGCAGGAAGCGACGCUGACGAUGACAAAGCGUCGACACUAAUGUCUCAACAUCGUCCUCACCGUUGUAACGUAAGCGGUUGCGGUAAGGAGUUUAAGUUGAAGGCCCACUUGGGACGUCAUUAUGCUACGGCACAUGGCAUCAUGGUAAGAUCGGGUUCACCACGACCAAUUAUGAAAACGCGCACCGCUUUUUAUUUAUGUACGACCCCUUUGACGCGCAUUUCGCGACGUCUCUGUCGUCACAUAAUGCGUCCUCGGCAUGCUGCUCGUGCCCCAUUCUUCCCGAUCAACAUUCAGGCUGUCAAACAGGAAUGUGGCGUUCAUUUAGCCGGAAAAACCAUCAACGAUCUUCGUCAUCUGUUGGUGUACAGAAGAAAGAUGCGCGAAAACGUAACCGGCAUCGCAACACGUUUAGGGAAUCCCGGGGGCACGACGCCGCAAUGGCUCAUCCUCACAGAUAAGGAUAAUUUACCAAAACCGGAAAGGGUUGCAUUCCCGAGACCUCCGAAAGCACCAGACGGCAGUUUAUUAUACGAAAGGGUUCCUAAUAAGGCAGACAUCGAGAAGCCGAUCGGUGUUACCGGGGCUCCACCGGUUGGCGGAGUUAUAGGCAUAACAUCAGCAGCUGCCUACAACAACGUUAUGCCGUCGCUCAAAAGGCAGGCGUAUGAGGAGUUGAACGGUAUCGAUGGCUUCUACUCCGACUUGGACUGGGACGAUGGAACAACGAUCAUGGGCCCGCCGGCGAAAAAGUUUAACAAGGAGCCGAUGCCGAUUGUACGUGGUGCCCCGACGGACCCUUACGCAGCAGCUAUGACAGCCGCAAUGGUCUCCUCUGGCCAGGUACUGCCCCGACAAAUUGCUCAAAUCAACGGUAAACCGAAAAUUGCCCACAUGACCAGGACCGGCACGGGACGUAAACAAGUUAUAAGUUGGAUGGACGCUCCCGACGAUGUUUAUUUCAGGGCUACCGAAGGAAGCAAGAAAAUAAGAAGACAAAUUACAUCAACAGAGCUGCGGAGAGCAGCACGAAAACCGUGGCGACCGCUAAAAACGAAAAUAGACGAUUUACACGUGGUCGUCUUGGAUUGACAGUAACUUAAGUUUGUUCGGUUAUGUGCAGGAUAAUUGCAAAGUUACAAAACAAAAAACUGAAAGAAUCGCCGAACAGCACAAAAAAACAAUUAAUUGGACAAAAUCGCCACUAGCAGUAUCACAAUCAUAAACACUCAACGUUUAUACACAAAUUAAGUUACUGUGAAAAAGACUUGUUUAGUAUGUAAUUUUAUUGACUAAUUUAUAAAGCACAAGUUUUUGUGA